CGCAGAGACACAUUCCACAUUACUAUUGUUAUACUUUGCGGUAUUACAUUGACGCUUCUGUGAUAGCGCGAACUACGUUUCUGUGAAUACGAGGUCCGCACGUGCAAUGUUGACGUGCAAAAUCAUCUGCAUCUGCGCCUUUGCACUCAUCGCAAUAGACGUCGCUGCCAUUCAAGAUUCAAAUCCGAACGAUAAGGAGAUAAAUUAUCGAUUACCCAAUCACACAAAACCGCUAUUCUAUGAUCUCAAAUUGAACCCACAUCUCACGCCGAACAACUUCACGUUCGAUGGCGAAGUAUUCGUCCACAUCGAGAUUCUAAGCCAGUCGAGGACUCUCACACUACACACGAAGAAGCUAAUAAUUGACAAAAAUGCAACUUUUUUGAAAAGCAACACUGGAUUGGACUUUUACAUUCCUACCACGUACGACAGUAACAAUCUGACCGAAUUAUUGACCCUCGGCUUCGACAAGGAACUACCCAUUGGACAUUAUAUUUUAUAUCUGAAAUUUGGUGGUAUACUGAACGACAGGUCAUACGGAUUUUACCGAAGUUCUUAUAUCAAUGACGCAGGAGAUACAGUAUGGUUCGCCGGGACGUAUUUCAUGGCAACUCACGCGCGUGCUGCUUUUCCCUGCUGGGAUGAGCCGGCGUUGAAGGCCUCCUUUAAGAUCGCCGUCAAACACCAUCGCAAUUACACGGCCAUUUCGAACAUGCCGAUUUCCGAGGUGUCGGAAAUCGACGAGAGCGACGGAAAGACGUGGACACAUUUUGAAGAAUCGCCCGUCAUAUCGACCUACCUAGUCAGCUUCCUAAUCUUCGAUCUUCGUAAUAUAAGCAAUUCCGAUGGAACCAUCAACGUCUGGAGCAGAGGCAACGUAAUUUCCUCGACGAGUUUCGCCCACGAAGUCGCCCAGAAGGCGGCGAUCGAAUUGAAACGAUACACCAACAGUUCCGUUCGGCUGGCCAAAAUCGAUCAUGUCGCGCUUCCUGACAGAUACGUUAUUGGAUACAAUAAGGGCAUGGAAAGUUGGGGGCUUAUCACUUACAGGGAAGCAACUAUACUGUACAAUGAAGAUAACAAUUCAAUCGAUGCAUUGCAUAGAAUUGCAAACGAUAUCAUUCAUCAAUCGAGCCAUCAAUGGUUCGGUAAUGUUGUUAGUCCUUCCUGGUGGACUCAUAUAUGGAUGAAUGGAGGACUUGCUGAAUAUUUUAAAUAUUACACUGCUGAUAAGAUAUAUAAAAAUUGGCGAAUUACGGAUUUUUUAGUUACGAAAACGCUAAAUUCAAUACUUUUUAUGGAUAGUUUUGAACACGUACAACCUCUUAAUUUGGAACCUAAUACUAUUCAAGAAAUUAAUUUCAAAUCUUCUCCACUGGAUGAUCAAAAAGCUUCUCUACUCUUACGAAUGCUUUCACAUUGCCUCUCCGAGACUGUAUUUCACACAGGACUUCUCAAAUAUCUCGAUAAGCACAAGUACGGCGUAGCCAAGCCUGAAGAUUUAUGGAACGCUUUGCAAGAUGCAUUUGAUGAAUUAGCGAUACCUCAGAACAAAUUUAAAAUCCGAGAAGUAAUGGACACCUGGAUAGAACAGAAAGGAUAUCCUCUUAUUACAGUAAUUAGAGAUCAACAUACUGGAAAGACAAAGAUUACACAGGAAUAUUUUCAACCGUACGAAAAAAUGAGCAUACGUAAGAAAACCAAUAGCGCAGACACUACGAACAGAAAAUGGUGGGUACCAAUAAAUUUUGCAACUCGCACCAAUAUGGAUUUUUCAUCAACCUUAGCCACGCAUUGGUUGUCACCAGAAGCCGAAGAGCUCGUAAUCGAUGGUAUCGACCCACAAGAUUGGAUCAUCGUCAACAUUCAACAAACUGGUUUUUAUCGCGUGAAUUACGACACAAUGAACUGGUUAAAAAUUGCUGACUAUCUUGAUUCUGAGAAUUAUACAAAAAUACACGUACUGAAUCGCGCAAGAAUAAUUAACGAUGCGAUUCACCUUAUGUUCACGGAUAAAUUAGAUCCCAAAAUUUUCAUGGACGUCACGAAAUAUUUGCGACGUGAAACGAAUUACAUAGUGUGGCAUUCAUUGUUUAAAAUUUUGGGAGAUGCAACCAAAUAUUUUGCUUACAAUGGAGGAGGUGAAUUGCUUAAACCGUACAUUCUGGACUUGAUGAAUCAUAUAGUAGAAACGGUAGGCACGCAGGAUCACCCGAAUGAAGAUUAUUUUACAAAAUUAACAAGAAGUGCAAUUCUUGAGGACGCAUGCGCCUUCGAUCAUCCUAUAUGCUUACGUAAGGCCUACGCUCAAUUAAUUGAUUAUUUAAAAGAUUCAGCAAUACUCGCAAAUAGAACUUCAUUUCACAAGAAACGAUGGACAUUCUGUAAUGGCAUAAAACAAGCGAAUGAAACUAUUUGGAACAAACUGCUAUUUAUGUACACAAACAUGUCUGAACCAACAUUGUACUGCCUUGGACACUCUAAGAAUCAGACUAUUAUCGAGAGACUUCUAAAUAUGACCAUAUCGGAAGAUACACCAUUCGCGAAGAAUGAUAUUCAUCGCGUAAUCUAUUCUGUAUUAAGCGGAGAUUUUCCAAACGUCGAUAUAGUUAUAGAUUUUACUAUAAAACAUUGGGAUAAACUCACAACUAUCGAUGACGACCCAACGUAUUUGUUACAUGAUAUUAGUUGGAAUGUUGUAUCCAGGAAGCAAAUUCAAAAGAUGAAAGUACUUCUGGAUAAACUUGGAAUGGAAGUACCACAAAUUAUGAAACUUCAAGAGCAAAAUUUAGAGUUAAUAGAGAGGACAGUAAAUAAAAUUCGUACAUGGUUAGAACAUAAGAGCUCAAACUCGUUUACAAAUAUGACAUCAUAAAUUCGUCAAUAACUUCAUCAAUGACGAAUCAAUAAAAAUUAUAAGCAAAAUAAUUAGAUAAAUUUAAAUACAUAUAAAUUAUUAAAAUAAGAUGGAUAAUAAUUGAAAACACUUGUUAUUAAUUAUACAUAUAAGAUAUAAUAUUCAAAAUAUUAUGUGUAUUAUUGAUCUAAAGGUAUUAUGAACAGUAUAUACGUAUAAGUCGGCGUACACAAAAGAUUAUAUAAUUACAUGAGAAUGGCAUAUAUUUAUAUCUCAUUUAUAAAAUAGGCAAAGACAAAUCUUGCAGAAAUGUAUUUUACUUCAAUCAGUA